AAAAUUCUACUGCAUCGAAGAUAAUUUGAGAAAAGUAUUUAUAAGUUGUGCUCAAAUAGAAAUUGAAUCACUUAAAGGACUAAACUCGUGCUUUAGAUAAUUUGUUUUUCUUCUUUAGCUGUAUGGAAUUCUAAGGUUUGUAUUGCUGGACUCUUCGUUGGACCGGAAAAUAAGGUAAUAGACAAAAUGACACAAUACCUUCCGCCGAAUUUGCUAGCUCUAUUUGCGGCACGAGAUCCAAUACCGUUUAUGCCUCCUGUGGAUAAAUUACCACAUGAGAAGAAGUCUCGUGGUUACCUUGGUAUUGGUGGUUUUCUUGGUGGGUUUGAGGAUCCGAAGGACACACCUCCGGCAAAGCGCGUUGAAACACGUCAGGAGCGUUUGGAUCGCCGACGACGAGAAAAAGCUGAACAAGUUGCAUACAAAUUAGAGCGUGAAAUAGCAUUGUGGGAUCCACAAGAAAUCAAAAACUCAACCGAGGAUCCUUUCCGCACUCUCUUCAUUGCACGUAUAAAUUAUGAUACAUCUGAAUCGAAAUUAAGACGUGAGUUCGAAAUUUAUGGUCCUAUUAAGAAAAUAGUUAUGAUAGCCGACCAGGAAUCGGGUAAGCCUAAAGGUUAUGCAUUCAUCGAGUAUGAACAUGAAAGAGAUAUGCAUGCUGCCUAUAAACAUGCAGACGGUAAGAAAAUCGAUGGUAAGCGUGUUUUAGUUGAUGUGGAACGUGCACGCACUGUGAAAGGCUGGCUUCCAAGACGUUUGGGUGGUGGUUUAGGAGGAACACGUAGAGGAGGUAAUGAUGUCAACAUCAAACAUUCUGGUAGAGAAGAUAACGAGAGAGAACGAGAACGCUAUCGACUAGAAAGAGAGCGUGAAGAUCGUGAAACUGCACGAGUUGUAGAACGUAGUCGCUUCGGUGCUGGUGAUGCUAUUCGCCGGCGUUCACGUUCCCGAGAGCGCAUACGAGAACGUGAAAGAGAUCGCUCCAGACGUUCGCGAAGCAAGUCGCGUGAACGUAGAAGACGACGAGGAGCUAGUCGCGAACGGGAAUAUGAUGACUUAGAAAAACGCGAUAGACGUGAAAAGGAGCGCGAACGUGAACGCGAGCGAGAGCGUGAUAGGGAUAAGAAAAAGAGGCGUUCUAAAUCAAGGGAACGAGAUUCAUCAAGAGAACGUCGUGACAAGAAACGUGAACGCGAACGUCGUGAUAAGGAACGUGAUCGUGGAGAUCGUGAUGUUAAAGAACGUAAACCAGACUUCCGUGAUAUUGAGAUAAAGAUCAAGGAAGAACCUAUAGAUGAUGGCUAUCCAACUUAUCCCAUGAAUUCGUAUCAAACAGCUGGUGUAAAACGCGAGAGCGAUGAUGAGCAUGAAGAAAAAUUCCGGCCACCUCAAGAUAUGUUCAGCGUGCCUCCUCCUCCCAUACCUGGGCGAGGUGCUGGUGAGAAUGGGCAGAACUCCAAUGAUGGUCAGCAAUCCUGGUGGCGUUGAGGUUAAAAUGUAUGCAACAAAGUGAAUAGUAUACUUUUCGUUUUACUUCACUUAUUUUAGUCUAACUCUUCCGAUUUAGCGUUUGAACACAUAUUAUUCGAUUAAUUUUUCGAAUUCUAGAAUAAUGACGAUAAUUAUAAAAAAAAAGUUUACUUGAACAGUAAAUUAGCUUUUUGAUUGAUUAAUGCGUAGUACAAACGCCAAAGUCGUAAUAGUGUUAAAAUAUCAAAGCAAACAAUAUUUAAAAUUCCAAUACGUACAUAUAUAUGUAUAUAUAUAUAUAUAUAAAACUUUGUGAUUGGUAUUGACUAAAAAUAACAAACAAAUUGUUUAUACAAGGACUUAAAAACAACGGUUAAUUGUGGUAUACCAAUUAAAACUUUUAGUUAGACCAACUUUUGAGAUUUUAAAAUGUUUGUGGAACUUAUUUUAGAAACUUUUUAAUUUUCGAUGAAAACUAGAUAGUAUACUCUAUACAUGAAAAGUUUAUCUCCAACGGAUUAACAAGUAAAAGCAUUAAGCUGACAUUUAAAAUUAAAUAAUUAGAAAACUA